AUGUUGUUCGCCCUCCGCGGCGGCCCCGCCCGGCCGGCCCCCUGCGGGCCGCGGCGCUGGGCGGCGGCCAGGGAGGAGGGAGAGGAGCCGGGAGGAGAGAGGAGAGGAGGGGCGGCGGCGGUGUCGGCGGCGGCGGCCGGCGGCCGGAAUCGUUUCCUGGUGAUCGCUUUGGUCAGAGAGGAAGGCGAAGCCCACCAGCUUGUUUGCAACUCAAGCAGCUGCGCUGUUCUGGAGGACCACUUCUGGCACUCUGCUGAGCCGGGGCUCUCCAAGUUGAAAUGAGAAGACUUUCUUGAAAAUCUUUCCUCAUUUCUUCAUUGUGACCUGAGCGGGUGUUGGUGCCAAGGCCUAGAGGACUUAGUGCUCCAGUACGGACUUCUGCCAGCGAGCUGGGGAGGCUAAGCGUUUCGAUCCGUACUGGGGGAGCAGCUGACGGCGUGCGGUAAUGUGCUGACUGGCACUAUGGGCAGGCGGUACCCGGGGGCUCACUAUCGGCCAAGCAGCUCAUAUUUGAAAUUAUAAUCUAUUUCCUGAUGCAUUGCUGACGCCCCGUGAGCCAUGUCAGAAGUACUUCAAGUCGAUUCCGGUGUGGACGCCCUGGCAGUGUUUAUGGCAAGCAGCAGCACGCCGGACGCUGUGAAUCGCAACAACCCCGCCACCCCGCCGACAACCCUCAACCUGCGCUCCUCUCACAACGAGCUCCUGAACGCGGAGAUCAGGCACACCGAGACCAGGAACAGCACUCCCCCCAAAUGCAGGAAAAAAUACGCACUGACUAACAUCCAGACGGCCAUGGGCCUUUCCGACCCAGCAGCGCAGCCCCUUCUGGGGAGCAGCUCCGCCAAUAUAAAGCUGGUGAAGAAUGGAGAAAACCAGCUGAGGAAAGCCGCGGAGCAGGGACAGCAGGAUCCCAACAGAAACCUCACUACCACGGCAGGCAUGAACGUAACUUCUGAGAAGUUUGAAGGUAAAGAGCCAGUCCCACAGGAUUCCUCCAGCUGUGAAAUAUUACCCUUGCAGCCCAGGAGGACCAAGAGCUUCCUGAAUUACUAUGCAGACCUGGAGACGUCCACUAGAGAGCUAGAACAGAAUUUUGUCACGAUGGAGGAUAAAUCUGCCCAAAGCAACAGCCAGGCUUCUACCAUUAUUGUCAAUGGGGAAGUCCUGCCCCGGAAACAAAACAAGCAGUCAAGCCCAGAGGAUGGCCAAGCUGCCAUGGUGUCUUCGAGCCCCGAGACUAAGAAAGACCACCCGAAAACGGGGGCCAAGACGGACUGUGCACUCCACAGGAUUCAAAACCUGGCUCCGAGCGAUGAGGACUCCAGCUGGACCACGCUGUCCCAGGACAGCGCUUCGCCGAGCUCACCUGACGAGACAGCAGAUAUAUGGAGUGAUCAGUCAUUUCAAACAGACCCAGACUUACCACCUGGCUGGAAAAAGAUCAAUGACAUUGCUGGGAUCUACUACUGGCACAUACCAACAGGAACAACUCAAUGGCAGCGGCCGGUGUCCAUUCCAACAGACCUCCAGGGCUCACGGAAAGGAUCCCUUGGUUCCAUUACUCCAUCCCCUACUCCGGAAACGGAGAAACAGCCAUGGAGUGAUUUUGCUGUACUGAAUGGGGGAAAGAUUAAUAGUGACAUUUGGAAGGAUCUGCAUGCAGCCACUGUGAACCCAGACCCAAGUCUGAAAGAGUUCGAAGGAGCCACGUUGCGCUAUGCCUCCUUGAAGCUCAGAAAUGCUCCUCAGUCUGAUGAUGAUGAUUCUUGUAGCAUCAACAGUGAUCCAGAAUCCAAGUGCUUUGCUGUGCGCUCUCUGGGCUGGGUAGAAAUGGCAGAAGAAGAUCUUGCUCCUGGAAAAAGUAGUGUUGCUGUGAACAAUUGCAUCAGACAACUCUCUUACUGUAAAAACGACAUCAGAGACACCGUUGGCAUCUGGGGAGAGGGCAAAGACAUGUACCUGAUCCUGGAGAAUGACAUGCUGAACCUGAUCGACCCCAUGGAUCGCACAGUUCUUCACUCACAGCCCAUCGUGAGCAUCAGAGUCUGGGGAGUGGGUCGUGACAACGGCCGAGAGAGAGACUUUGCUUAUGUGGCAAGAGACAAAGACACAAGAAUUCUGAAAUGUCAUGUGUUUCGCUGUGACACACCAGCAAAAGCCAUCGCCACAAGUUUACACGAGAUCUGUUCAAAGAUUAUGGCUGAACGGAAGAAUGCUAAAGCUAUGGCUUGCAGCUCACUACAAGAGAGGAGUAACGUCACCCUUGAUGUUCCUCUGCAAGUAGAUUUCCCAACACCGAAGACAGAACUGGUGCAGAAGUUCCACGUCCAGUACCUGGGCAUGCUACCUGUAGCUAAACCUGUGGGGAUGGAUACUCUGAACAGUGCUAUUGAAAGUCUGAUGGCUUCCUCUAGCAAGGAGGACUGGAUGCCAGUUACUAUGAAUGUUGCUGAUGCUACUGUCACAGUCAUCAAUGAAAGAAAUGAAGAGGAGAUCAUGGUGGAAUGUCGUGUACGGUUCCUGUCCUUCAUGGGAGUAGGCAAGGAUGUUCACACAUUCGCCUUCAUUAUGGAUACAGGAAACCAGCAUUUUGAGUGCCAUGUUUUUUGGUGUGAACCGAAUGCAGGCAACGUAUCAGAAGCUGUUCAGGCUGCUUGUAUGUUACGGUAUCAGAAGUGCUUAGUAGCCAGACCACCUUCACAGAAAGUUCGGCCACCCCCACCUCCUGCAGAUUCGGUGACAAGAAGAGUUACAACUAACGUGAAAAGAGGAGUGUUAUCCCUCAUUGACACUUUGAAACAGAAACGCCCUGUCACCGAGAUGCCCUAGCUGCGUAAGAGAGAAGAUUCUCCUAACAUUUAACUGCAGAUAACAGUAGCUACGCUAAGGAAAAUGACAAUGUUUGGCCUUCCAUUUCAAAUUGCUGAUGCUUUGUCUUCAGAGAAUUUAUCCUUAUCAAAACAAUGUCAGACAAGCAUGUUCUCUCGUUCUUGCCACCAUCGUGUGAUAUGAAAAGAAGCAUGAAUAAUUUUUUGCUGUCAGUGAGUUACACCAUGAGCAAUGGAAGGUCUGCUUGACUGUAAAUACAUGAACAUUACCGAAACUCACAAAAAAAGGAACAUGGCCACGUCCUUCCCAGUGAACUCAUGCUAAAGUCCUUGGAAUGAAUGAUGCCAGAGUUGAUAGGUUCACCGUCUCGAGCUGGAUUUGCCACAAACCAAUCUUAAGUCCUACAGCACUUUGCUCGGUUUUCAACACUGGAGUAGGUACCAAGGAUCAGCUGCCGUUGAAUUACUGUAGAUUAAAUACCAAGUUUUAUUUUUUACUGAACUACACCUGUUAAUUUUAAAUUGUUUGUCAGCAUUGGUCUAGUAAUCACUGCAGCAUCUCCCUGACAUGCUUUUGAAUCAUUGCGUCAUUUGAUCGCCUGUUUAUACAUUAUGGUUGUAGAGAAGAAUCACGUUUGAUACCAAACCAAUGCUGAAAAAUCCAGGAGUGUUUUCAGUAGUUGAGUACAGGGUGACCCACUGAAGUUUUUCAUUUUUAAACAUACAAAUGCAAAUGUUGGCUGUUAAAUUCAUUGUCCCAAAUCUGUCAUUAAUCCAUCAAAAAUUAAAUUUGUUCCACAUAGAGCUCAUACCAACCAGGAGUAAGAAAGAAUCGGUAGUUUUACUGUCUUAAAACUCUUACAGAAACGAAAAUGUUACCUACCCUUUCCAUAUGAGUGUUUGAUUAUUUGUUCAGUUAAUUACCUGGUUGCACAACUCCCCCUUCCCCUCAGUUUGUUGCUGAAUACUUACUGAGUCACAAAAAGAACAAUCAUAUUUUAUAUUUGCACAAUUCAAUGAAAUUUCUUUUACUUUUAAUGCUCUGUGACAGAGUAAUGAGAGAUGUUUUCUAACAGGACAGUGCUUCAAGUGGGACAACUGCAUUUCAAUGCUUUUGCUCCAAAGGCCUCCUGUAAUUGCCUUGAUCCACACGCUAGUGCAGAUCCUGACAAAGUCAGCACAGUAUUGGCCCUUAAAACUGUACAUCAUGCUAAUCUUCAACUGCAGCUACAUAUCUUUAGUUUCUCCCUUUGCCAUCUUCUAUUAGACCUGCAGAUUGGUACAAAUUUUGGAAAUGGAAAAGGAAAGAUAUUUUUAACUAGUGUUAAAAAUGUUUUGCCUCCAUUUAUAGGUAUGUUCCAAACUGUAUUUGUCUCCAAAGUCUGUAAAUUUGGUCACCAUGUAAUUCUAAAAGAAUGUUGUCGAUGCUGUUUUUACAAGAACUUUUUAUUUUGCUAUACCAGAUUGUUAUAAACAAAGAAUGUUAUUUUUUUUCUUAUUGGAAGAAAUCAACAGCAACACCUGGGCAAAGCAAAUUGAGAAUAAAGGAGAAAAGGACGAUGAUUCAAGACAUUUCUGCAUGGAAAAUGUAGAACUACUAAAGUGAACUCAGCCUGAGGUAUGAGCAGGGGUAGGUGAAGGCUAGCUAUGCAGCUAUGGCCAUCUAAACUGGAGGAGCUGAUCCUCCUCUGAUCUCUGUAUGACAGAGUCUGCACCCAUGGCAGUGGAGCAAUUCUUUCCUUUCCUCCUGCCUCCUUUGGACCAGAUCUGUUGUUCGUACAGUUGGAAGAGGAGUCAGAUCAGCGUAAUGUGUAGAAACUUAAAGAAAUCAGCCAGGUCUCUGAAUUUGAUCCAGUUGGCUACUUGGCCGUGCAGGUGACAGGUUAUGCCAAGCAGAGAGAGGAAGCUGGACUUGAGAGGAGGCAAACCCAUUUAGGAUUUGGAUUUGCAGCUGUUCUACAAAGAAUUUAAAACAGUAGAAUCCAGUUUGGUAGUUCUAUCAACACAGUGCUGAGUCUCCCCAAGAGAGAUGGGGACUCCGUGUUUAAACUAAACCACCGCGUAGGAAGCAGCAGUGUAAAGGUAAGAACCUGGGUGCAGAACCUUUACACAUCCGUGUUGCCAAGGCUGUACACUUAGUUAGCUUUCACUAGCAAAAUGUUCAACUGCAGGAAGGGCUGAACGAGAAGACAGGUAUUUGAAAAGCUGUGGUCACUUGCCAAUGUGUGUUUUGAGUUUUGUGUCUGUUACCAAAAUGCUGUUGAUUUUGCAACUAUUUAAGCAGUGUGCCAAGUGGUUUGAAUACAUUUGGCCCUUUUGCUGCAGCAGAACUUAUUUUCCAAAAAAUUAAACACAGCCAGGUGGUUGCAGAAUCAGAACCUAAUAUUGCAAAGCCCGUUACCUUUAACGAUAUAUUAAGACACUUUUACCAUGGCCAAAAAUGUAUGUAUGCCAUACGUGUGUUUGAGUACUUGCCACUGUUUUAGUUGAUGUUCUAGCAACCCUUCAGUUAUCUAUGCAUUUUUUUAUAAUACCUAGUGAUUCUGUAGGCAGGCAGCCAUGUUCAGUACGCCUUGUAUGUCUGAUGCCAUAUUUUAAAUUAACCUGUUAAAUACAGCUUAAAAUAUUUUUAUUUUAUUUAUUCUAUUUUUACUGAAGUAUCCUGCGUUAUUAUGUUGAUGUAUUGUCUUUACUGGACGUGAUCUUGUAACAUUCUCUACUCUGUAUACUAUAGAUUGCCCAAAAAAGGCAAACCUUGUAAUUAUUUGUAGUCACAUUUUUAUUGAAGUCUGUAGAAAAAUCAUGUAAAGCAAAGCUAAUUUCUUAAUUUUUUCAAUGCAAGUAGUAAGUUAGAGGUAAGUAUCACACGUCAGUCAUGUCAUUAAUGUGCUCUCUUGCAGAAGCAAGGAGAUUUAUAUUCACAGUCAAAAACUAGAGAUAAAAGCCUUUCUUUUGAAAUCUGCAGUGCUGGCUGUAGGUUUUAUUUAAGCCACUUACUUUCAUUUGAAGGGGAAAAAUGGGAUGCAGGAGAUGUAAGGCCAUAGAGGCCACCUACAGGGGGGUUAAGUGGGAGUAAAACAAUUGCAUGGAAGGGGCAUAGAAUCCACUCACAAUAAAAUGAGUUCUUAGAGAUAAACAUUACGUGCAGAGCCACCUGUACCUCUUGAAACAAGAGGCCCUUUUGUGAUAGGAAGAAAAGCUGGGAAGUAUCUAAUAGCUUAUGCCAGUUCUGUGUAAUUUACUGAGAGUUCUACAUCCCUUUUAAUUUUAUCAAGCAUUUCAUAGAUCGUUGUUUGAUUAGGAAUCUAAAAUUGUUAGUAAAGCACCCACAGAAAACAGUUCUUAUUUCAGCAGCUAAUUGGGGCUCAGCCUUUACAGCGUUACCAUUAAUGCUACGAUUCCUUCCUUGGGCAGGUCAAUACGGUACUAAAACUUGUGCUCUACAAUCAGCAGAAGUAAGUUCGAUUUUAUUUUAACAGCAUUAAGAAAGAAGGAAACAGCCACUGUUUAUUAGCAGAGCUCAGUCUUGCAUAAAGCACCGAAUUGACACUGAAAAGGAUAAUUUUCCCUGCUGUUGACCACUUCUGCACAUUUAAAUGUAAUCUGUUCUGAGAAUAAAUUUAGCUGCAUAAAA